AUGCCAUGUUCAACAGAGGAAGCACUUGCUAGGCUCUUCUACAAUACUUCAUCCUCCGUCUACCUCCUCCUUCUCUUCCUCUAUGUCGCAUUCAUUGUUCUUGCCAAGUUCUUCUGCUUCAUUGGCGGCAACCCAAUAUUCCCAAGAUACCAGAAUGGAUACGAAAACUAUGUGUUUUCCGAUGAAGAAGAGGAGGAAGAAGAAGAGUUAGAAGAAAGGCACAGCUAUCAUGUUCAUGGUCAUCAUCAGUACUACACUGAAAACGAUCAUCUGGUGGCCGACAUCAUUCAUGGAGGUGAAGCACUAAAGUUUCUGCCUGAUGACAACCUUCAGAGGAAUCGGUCAAGUUUUUCUGAUCAAGAGUUCAUUAGCGCCGGGGAGAGCCUAAUUGAAGAAGACCAUGAUAUGUCACAGGGUUCAGAAUCAGAACAAGAUCAUAGUGCAAAUGAAAUCCCGGUACGAGAUACUGCUUCUGUUCGCAAUUCUGUCUCGAAUGAUCGAGUCUGGACCACUUCUCCGAUCACCAUAGACCUACACAGAGGUGACUUGAGGAGAAAGGACAAAAAAUGUGACGAUAAUCUAGAGGAUUCUGAUCAGAUUACCGAAAACAAUACAGAGACACAAUUAUCUGGGGAUGAAAAUUUUCUCGUAUUUAGGCCGCCCCAGUUGGAGACCAAGAAAUUAAUCCGAGUUCAAGAAAACAAAGAGCAUGAAAUUUUUGGUGACUCAACAGUGGGAUCAACUUCUAAGAGCUCUUCUGAAUGGAGAAGCUCAAUCAAUUGUUCUGCGACCGAAGAUCCAUUUUCUUCCUCGUCACGUAGAAGCUGCCCCAAGUGGGAGUCUUACACUGUCUUUCAGAAAUAUGAUGAAGAAAUGAUGUACCUCGACAGAAUUAGUGCCCAAAAGCUCCAUGAAACAGAAUCACUUAGAUCUAUUCAAGUUUGCCCAAGAUCGAUUUCAGAGAGGAUUGUUCAUCGAAUCUCAUUAGCAACUAAAAGGCCAUCUGACGUACGUCACAACCCUUACCACGAACUAGAGGCUGCUUAUGUUGCUCAGAUUUGCUUAACGUGGGAAGCACUUAACUGGAACUACAAGAAAUUCGAGCAAAAAAGGGCCUCGUCGCAUCACGAUUUUGACCCUGGCUGUCCUGGCAAGAUUGCGCAGCAGUUUCAGCAGUUCCAAGUUCUUCUGCAGAGAUAUGUAGAGAAUGAGCCCUACGAGCAGGGCCGGAGACCUGAGAUUUACGCUAGGAUGAGGCUUUUGGCACCAAAGCUACUUCAAGUUCCAGAAUAUCGAGCUUCAGAAGAUGAUGAUGAUCAUGAAAAGGAAGAAGGUUUUGGCUCGAGAAUCUCCUCAGCAGCGUUUCUAAUGGUAAUGGAAGAUGGAAUCCGAACGUUCAUGGAUUUUCUUAAGGCUGAUAAAGAGAAACCCUGCCAAAAGUUAUCAGCCAUGUUUAGGAGAAAACGAAGAAGUUCAGUUGAUCCAACUCUUUUAAAUCUCAUGAAAAAAGUUAACCAAAAGAAGAAGAUGAAGAUCAAAGACCUUCGCCGUUCGCACAAGUGCUUGAGAAAGAAAAGCUUGAAGGUGGAGGAGGAGAUGGAGAUAUUGCUAGGCCUAAUUGACCUAAAACUGGUCUCUAGGGUUUUGAGAAUGAGUGACUUGAGUGCAGAACAACUGCAUUGGUGUGAGGAGAAGAUGAGCAAAGUGAGAGUCCUGGAUGGGAAAUACCAGAGAGAUUCCACACCACUUUUCUUCCCAGCACAGUGAUCAGUGACCCACCACCAGCUCAUGUAAAUUGCUUGAUGACUGGACAGUGGACAUGAGUGCUGAACAAGAUGAAUAUCCUACGUAGGUACCCCUUUUGUAAAUUCAUAUACAAAAUCAUGGAGCUGCUUAGUCAGGGUAGCAGAGACCCUACGGAUCAAAGCAAUCACAUGUGGAAUGACAAGGAUUUGGGAGAUUUGGAAUCCAAGACAGAAGUGUAAAGAGGGUUUAUGUGAUUCAUGAAUAAUGAAAGUGAAAGAACAAAGAAAGGAACAUGAAGAUAGAGACGAGGGGGUAAGACUUUAGCUUUAGCUUUAGCUUUUUAAUUAGGGUUUAUCUAGAACUAGAAGGGGGACUUGAGCUGAAUCAAAAGAAGAGCAAGGCUGCAGCUUCAGAGAUGCAGUGGGAAUAAAAAAAAGGUAGUACGUGUUAUACUCGAGGGAUA